AUGUCUGCCACUUUUGAAACCUUCGAAGGAGAAGUCAACGUCAUUGUCCGGGUCACCGCCAAACCUGGCAAGAUACAAGAGGUCCUGGAAUACUCGAAAAUUAUCAAAGCGUGGUGCGAGAGCGACGCUGAGCCCGGUUGUGACCGGUACGAAGUCCUCCAGGUCGGGGACGAGCUCUGUAUCUUGGAGAAAUACAAGGACGUAGCGGCGCUUAUCGAACAUACCAAGAGCGAGAUGUACGAGAAAACGGAGGCGAAGAUCCCCCAGUUGGUCGUGGAGGGAAGCUUGGAUGUCAAGUUCUGGCAGCCGGCUAAGCUCUAG